AUGGCCGGAGAUUUCCAGUUCAUCUCGAUCCAAGUCAACGGGCACGUCAAGGAUAAGACGAUGCAGCGUCGUCAGGCGCGCUCCCACGCAGUCAAGAAAGCGCUGGCAAGGAAACGGAAAGAGCAGCAACUUUCCCGGACCAAUUUCGUUGUAACCACAAGUGAAGACUUGAAUCUCAAUCGCAAUUGCAAUCUCGAUCAUCCAGUCGAGAUAGCAAAACCAUGUACCCACCUCUCGGGGUCCCUCGAUCCGUUCCAGGCCCUCGCAGUGGACUCAUCGAGGCUACAGGCGUUACUUGGUGAUUACAGGGCCAGGCAAGCGACCGAGCCUGUCUUCAGCCUGGCCGAGGAACUUGCCUUCCAGAGCUUUCACUCGGUCUUCCGAACGGGCUUCCACGAUCCCGCUUUGAUGAAUGCUGUGAUGCUGGCCCUGGCGUUUGCCGUCACCGGCGGUAGCCUUGAUCAGGAGUGUCUGCGAUAUCAGGGUCAAGCGAUUACCUAUAUCCGUGAGCGGAUGGAUUCAGAGGAUGAUGCUGCUUCGGAAGCGACUAUCGGGGCUAUAUUGCUGAUCGCGGGUGUAGUGGCUUGCCUUGGACUAACCAGUCAAGUCGAACUUCACAUGGGCGCAGUGCAGCAGCUCUUGAAGAUCUGCCAGAGAAAGCGCGUCUAUCUUACUCCGGGAAUCAAGCGAGCCAUAUUCUGGCAAGACCUAAAUUCCUCCCUCCUCGCCAACACCAGACGCAUAGUCAACCACACCACGUUCGCUGCCCUCCUCUGGACACGUGAUGCAUUCGUGCCAAACUUCUAUCAUCUCCCAUCAGGUUUCCAAUGUCGAUCAUACAUCCUCAAUCGAGAGUUCCGUGCAGUGCUUGAAGAUCUGCACGCACUGCAAUGCAUUCGAAAUCUUCCUCGACCGCUGCCGCAACCCGGUGCACUGGGCAUGCUCCAUAUCAAUAACCACAUCGCGUCGAUCCAAUCCCGACUCAUGGCCUUAUCGGGCCUAUCUCGCUCGCAGGAGUGCUGUCGUCUUGCCGCGUAUUUGUGUUCCAUAACUUUGUGUUGUAAGAUUUGGUGUGAGUUGGUAAUUCCGCCCCACAUCUCAUCCCAGCUCCUUUUCAAAAUCCGAGAACUGCGCGACGACGACGACGACGACGACGACAUCGAUGCCGAUCUGCUCGUCUGGCUACUCUAUAUCGGCGGCGCAUUUUCUCCCAUCGGACCAAUCCGCUCUGGUUAUUUAAACUUGCUCCUUGCCUCGUCUCCUGACUUGUCGUGGCCGGAAUUACAUCAGUGUAUGAGACAGUUCAUCUGGUCCGAUGAGGCGUUCUUAGUACCGGUCAGGGCGCUGUGGUGGGAGGUUUCACAGUAUCAUCUACAGAGUUAG